CUCCCUGCGUGGAGAAGAACUCGAACUAAACUGUACCCCGAACAGAGCCGUGCGCUGCACGCCGGCGUUGGUAGGGUCGUCGUCGUCUUGCCGUCGCCUGAGAAGAAUCUUAUCCAGUUCCACCGAGUUGCCAUGCUAUCGAUCCAUGUCAUAGAAGUAUGGUAACAUCUGGUACCAGAGACUCGAUCCUGGCAUCUCACGAUCACCAGAUGCGCCUUCAAGUCACCAUGAAGACGGAUGAACAAUUUGAGCGUAUUCUCAAGAUGCUCUAAGAAAACAAGCAAGGGAUGGUUGAGAUCAAGGCCACGAUGACGGAGAUGCGUUUGGCGAAGGAUGAAUUCGAAGCUUGGAAACCCGAAGUCGACAAGAGUGUUGCCGAUCUGCAGAUCGCCGUCAACACCCUCGGCCACCGCUUCGACAAGCUCUUCUCCAACACCGUCCCUGCCUCCCCGCAUCUGGAUGCACCCAUCACUCACCCUGCACCAGAGAUUGUGGGAUCUUCACCGGCGCUGGCCACUGCCCAUCUGGUGGCGACCUCCAAGGAGGCUGCAUUUGGGCCACAUGGCCAUCGCGUCGAAACACACAACUGGGGGUCUGGAUUUGGAGUGGUGUAUACCAUUCCUCAUCCGUCUCCAGUCAUAGUUUUUCAUGUAUCCUUGUUGAAGAAGGCGGUGCAACCAUCGACUCUGGUAAGCCCUUAUUUUCCUGAUUUGUCAGAUGAUCUACAGAUUCCAAUGUUUGUGCUCGACCGUCAUCUGCAUCGAUAUCAAGACAAGAUGAUCACGCAAGUUCUGGUACAAUGGUCACACUGGCCUGUGGAACUUUCUACUUGGGAAGAUGAGGAAGCACUACGCCAGCAGUUUCCUCGUGCUCCGGCUUGGGGACAAGCCGGUUCUGAAGAAGGGAGGAAUGUUACCGCCCGUGUUGUGCCUAGAUGGCGUCAUCGCCUUCGGAGGCGCGCGCUCCAGGAAGGCGUUUUUUCCAAAAUCAGCUCUAGAAUUGCUGGGCCUGAUUGGGUCCGUUAAAACUCAGCCCUUGUAAUAGCGUAGCCCAUUUUUCUUUCUUGAUUGAGUGUCAUGAGGAUAUAAGUCUUGCCGUCGCCUGAGAAGAAUCUUAUCCAGUUCCACCCA